AUGCCAUUCAACAUUUUUCCCUUGGUCCAGGAAGAGCCCGGCCCCCCUCCUGAUGGCGGCGUUCAGGCCUGGCUCCAGAUCCUCGCAAGUCAUCUCAUCAAUGCUUUGUCAUGGGGAUAUUCCGCUUCAUUUGGCGUUUAUCAACUUCAUUAUACGACCACAUUGUCAUUGCCCGAGUCGCAAGUUGCCUGGAUUGGAUCCCUACAAGUUUUUCUCACCUUCUUUUUAGGAACAUUCGCCGGCCGCGCUGCCGAUGCAGGCUACGCUCAGCACGCAGCCGUGGCGGGCUGUUCGUUAAUCGUGCUCGGAACCUUCAUGACAAGCUUGGCGACCGAGUACUGGCAGAUAUUCCUCGCACAAGGCCUCUGUACCGGCCUCGGUAUGGGUGCCUGCUAUGUGCCAUCAAUGGCUGUAGUCGGCUCGUACUGGAACAAAAGGAAAGCAUUUGCCAUAGGAUUGGCCGCGUCUGGGAGCGGCACAGGCAGCAUACUGUUCUCUUUGGUCAUUCAACAUCUCCAGGCGACUAUUGGGUUUCCUAGCGCAGUCCGCGUCCAAGGCUAUAUUGCUCUAGCGUUCGCAGUCGUCGUCAUCCUUGUCUUUCGGCCACGUCUUCCACCGCGCAAGGCGGGGCCACUCGUCGAAUGGAAGGCAUUCACGGAGCCUACAUACGUCCUCUUCACGAUCGGCGUAGUCCUGAUAUUUACAGCCGUGUAUUUUUGCUUCUUCUUCAUAAACACAUACGCGACCCUGCGCGUAGGCCUCUCUGCGGUGGAAGCUGCGAACCUGCUCGUCAUCAUCAGUGCUAUCGGCAUCCCAGUACGACCGAUACUUGGAUUCCUUGCCGAUAGAUACUUUGGCUCACUGCUCACCUUGAUCGUGUCGACGAUAUUCCUCGCUAUAAUGCUGUUUGUCUGGAUUGCCGUGCGCAGCGUCAGCAGUCUUUACGUGUAUUCUGUUUUUUACGGAGUUGCCACCGGCGCAGUUCAAGGAAUGUUCGUCAGCGGGCUCGCAUCAUUGACCGCGGACUUGAGCAAGCUAGGUGUUCGUUUCGGCAUGGUGGAUAGCCUUAUAGCAUUCGCGUCACUAGCAGGACCGCCGUUAGCGGGUGCUUUGAUCCAAAGCGACGAUGGAGGCUUUCUCAAGGCUCAGAUAUGGGCGGGUGUGGUGACGAUGUGCGCUAGUCUCUUCAUCUGCGCGGCUAAAUGGACUGAAGUCAAGUUCGACGGCCCUCGCUCAAAAUCCGGAGAGGGAGAAACAACACCUAACAAUUUGGAGGCUGUCCAGGUGGAAGAUGACGGGCGCGCGAAGGCAUGA